AUGACCCGGAAAGAAGUUGAGGCGGCCCAUUUUACGCCUAGGGAUUAUCAGCUCGAACUGCUGGACGUUGCCCAGAAGCAGAAUUCCAUCAUUCAGCUUGGAACAGGAACCGGAAAGACAUUCGUUGCUAUCCUUCUAAUCAAAGAAUAUGGUCUCCAAACCGCUGCACCCUUGGAUCGAGGCGGGAAGAGGAUCUUUUUCUUAGUCGAUAAAGUCAGUCUUGUUGAACAGCAAAGCGCGCAAAUCGCAAUGCACACCUCUUUCACUGUGGGAAAACUACAUGGUGCUCUACACGUUGAAUACCAUUCAAGCAAAGAGAAAUUUCGCGAGUUUCUGGAGAAGAACCACAUUAUUGUCCUGACCGCGCAAGUGUUCCUCGACUUGAUGAACCACGCCUUCUAUGAUCCCGACCAGACGGCACUCCUCAUUUUUGACGAAUGCCACCACGCGAUGGGCAAAGGCCAUCCCUAUCGGCAGAUCAUGGAGCGCGUGCGACAUAUCAGUGAUCGGUUUCGCGUGCUCGGUCUGACGGCUUCACUUAUCAAUGCUCAGACGAAACCGGCGUUAUUGGAGCAAGAGAUCCGCAAGCUUGAGAGCGCCCUCAACGCCCGCGUGGCUACUUCAAGCAAUAUGACCUCUAAAUAUGGCGCAAAGCCUGAAGAGUACCUGUCCACUGCUUACGACUACGAAUACCGGAAAGGGCUGAACAAGAAUGUCGUGGACAUUUUGGAGCAACAACGUCUAUUCGUCAACAACACCCUGACAUUCCAUGAAGAUUUUGACUAUGAUCGGCGAAAAGUUAUUCACGAGGCAUUCAACAGGACCCUGGCCGUGUUGAGGCAAUGUGGGCCCUGGUGUGGCUGGAAAGUGGCACAAUUGAUGGAGAAACAAAUGAUUGCUGAACUCAAACAACCCGUCCUGCCGGAUAAGACACGAGAUUUUCUAAGACUGGCGGAAAGCUCGAUGCAGACUAUUAAAAGGAUACUGGAUCCGCAGAUGAGGCCGUUGAAAACCUUUGCUGCGUUCGAACCGUAUCUCCCUCAUAAGGUCUACAAGCUCGUUGAAAUAUUUGUUGACUUUGAAAAGAAAGACGAGCUUUCUGCAAUCGUGCUUGUGCAGCAGCGAACUGUGGCCUAUGCGCUUAUGAUUCUGCUCAAAAAUUUGGCCAAGCACGACAAGGACCUGGCGUACCUGAAGCCGGAUUAUAUCAUCGGCCAGGCAUGCGGAAAGGGGUUUGCAAAUGAGGAAGAGUCAAUGGCGCUGCACAAGCGACAGCAAGACUGCCUUCGUAAAUUCCACAAAGGAGAGUUGAACAUUAUCGUAGCGACGAAUGUGCUCGAGGAGGGGAUCGAUGUGCGACAGUGCAAUUUGGUGAUCAAAUUCGAUCGCCCCGUUGAUUUUCGCUCUUAUGUGCAGUCCAAAGGCCGUGCACGGAAACCUGGCUCAAAGUACGUCAUGCUCUGCGAGGUUUCAGAAAAGCCGAAGUUGCAGGCCGAUAUCGAGCAAUACCAAGAAAUUGAAGCGAUAUUGCUAGCGCGGCAGUCGAACCCGCAUAACCCGUUGGACAACGACUCGCUGCCGGAGGAUCUGGAUAGUUUUAUGGCUCCAUAUGUCGUCCCAUCCACAAAUGCGCGCGUCACGUUGAGGACGGCUGUAUCGCUUGUAAAUCGUUACUGCAGUUCCCUGCCCUCUGAUAUCUUCACGAAGCUCGUGCCGGACAGUAAACUCCUCCGAAACCCGAACGGCUCUCCAACGUUCGCCGCGGAGCUCUAUCUACCGAUGAACUCGCUUCUAAAAGAGGCGGUCCGCACCCCUGAGUACUAUCCCUCGGCCAAAGUGGCCCAGAUGAUCGUCGCGUUAGAGGCGUGCAUUCAACUACACAAAAAGGGCGAGCUCAACGACCACUUGCUUCCCCAGGGCAAAGACGCUGUCGCGAAACUGAUGAGCCAACUGGACGAGGCACCUGACGAGUAUAUGCCGCCGGGCGCCCGCGCCAAUCUUGGCUCUUCCAAAAGACGACAGCUUUAUGAUAAGAAGAUCGCCAAAGCGCUGAACAAGGCCCUGCCAGUCAAAGGGCAAGAAACGUACAUCUACGUCUUCGAAAUGGAGGUCCUGAAAGAGCCGAGCCAGGACAGCAAUCCGAAGGGACGAAAGUUCCCCAACCCGCAGCAGACCCUCAGCUGCUUCGGCUUCCUGUCUGCGGUGAUAUUGCCACCGAUUCCCCCAUUCCCGGCCUACCUGCGCCAGGGUGACAUGCGUGUGUAUGUGCGCCGCGCUGCAAAAUCUAUCAAGCUUGAGACUCACACGAUGCAGGUUUUGGCUCAGUUCCAUCACUAUCUGUUCAGUAACGUGCUACUUCACAAUAAGGAUAAUCUGGUGUUUUCGCUCUCGGAGAUGACCGGGAUGAACACGUUGGUGGUGCCGUUGAAUCGAGUACGACAACCCGGCGGCAUCGCCGACUAUGAGAUCAACAUGAAAUACGUUAAAGAGCUGGUCCAGUGUAUGGAAGAGCUUCCGCGUGUCCCCAGCGAAGAGCAGAGGAAGAAUUACAAGUUCCGGAAAGAGGAUUACGUCGACACUGUGGUGAUGCCGUGGUACCGCUCCACCGAGCAGCCCUCGUUUUUCCAAGUUGCAGAGGUUCUGGAGAAUAUGAAUCCGUCGUGUGCGUUCCCGGAUACCAACUUCACGUCGUUCAACGAGUACUUUGACAAAAAGUAUAACAUCAAAAUCUACGACCAGCAACAGGCGCUUUUGGACGUGGACUAUACGAGCAGCCGCCUCAAUCUACUUCUACCACGGAACCGCAGCUGCAAGCGUGUCGUACGAAAUAGCGAUCCCUCGCAGCGACAAAUCCUGGUGCCCGAACUGAUGGACCGACACCCGAUCGCGGCCCAUCUGUGGAAUAUGAUCUGUGCACUCCCGUGCUUCUUCUACCGUAUCAACCAAAUGCUACUGGCUGACGAGCUGCGCGAACGAAUUUGUGUGGAAGCCCUUGGGUCGUCGGAGAAAAUUCCUGAAGAUUUCCAUUGGGCUCCGCUCUCCUACCCCAGCACCUAUGAGGAGAAGCAGUCCUUGACGGUCAGCAAGAUCCAACAACUGCGCAGUGAGAAUUCUCAAGCAACUUCUCAGACGACGCUGCCGAGCUUUUCCUCUGGCGGAUCAUCAUUCUUCGAGAUCGGCGUCUGGAACCCAUCACUGGCUGAUGGGCUCAACUGGAAACCCACUGAUCUGGUGGGCGGAGUAGCCGGACUACAGAAGAAUGGAAGCGACCUUGACGUUGAGACCGUGGGUCUGAUGAAGCCAACCUCAGCCACAUCCGGUGAUCUCUCCGAUGAUGAUGACGCCGAUGACCUUAACAUCCUUGUCGAUAUGUCCAACAAAUUCACCGUCAAGCCCGAGAGCAAGGAUAUGGUCUUCGCUAAUCCUCGCCCCGAAGUAUUGGCAUCGCUCGGUGGAGGUGAUUGGGACAACUGGGGUGUUCCCCUUGCUUCAAGCAACUUCGACUCUACCUUCCAAAUUCUACAAGGGCCCGGCGUUGAUCUAAAUGGACUAUUUGCGGAUGUGCAGAAGAUGAUCGAGGAGACACCGGUGUUGCCAGCUGAAGCGUCGGCGAGCAGUGAGCCCGAUUCGGAAGUGCGACGCGACAAACGGAUUCCCAACAAGGCUGAGAAGAAGCCGGAAGAUUUGAUCGACAGCGAGUUGAGGGAGGAUGGUGAAGAGAAACGUUCUGUCGAAGAAACGAUAGAUCUCGUCAGUUUGGAUGAUGCACCAGAUGAGGAUCAAUCGCGUCCAGCCAGCGGUUCGCUCGUUGAGCAGCUUGAUGAGCUGCGCGCCAGCGAGGAGAGAAAGGCGAAAGUCGAGGCGAAUAUCUUGCGGGUGGUAGCCCCGAAUAUGUCGCUGAAAGAAUAUCAUCUACACCAUCCAGUUUCUGCCGGUUCAUUCUCGUUCGCCGAUGCAAGUCCGUCAACGAGCCGCUCAGUACGAGGCGAAAGCAUAAGUGAGGCUGAGGAUUCAUUCAGUGCGACAUCUCAAGACUAUAGCAGCGAAAGCCACCUUGCGGGCCGUCCUUGGCCGCAACCAUCUGAGGAUGAUGGCCGAUAUGGCGUCUCACCAUGCUUCCUCCUCCAGGCCCUGACCACAAGCAAUGCAAAUGACGGCAUCAAUCUGGAGCGGUUGGAGACGAUCGGCGACUCGUUCCUCAAAUAUUCCGUCACUGACUAUCUCUACCAUAUGCAUGCCGACCAGCACGAAGGGAAAUUGUCGUUUGCCAGGAGCAAGGAAGUGUCCAACUUCAAGCUCUAUCGCCAUGGCAUCAACAAGGGGCUCCCGUCGCUGAUUGUCGGCUAUAAAUUUGACGUCCAAGAUUCGUGGCUGCCUCCGUGCUACAUGCCAAAUUCCGACUUCAAGGCGCCGAAUUGCGCGAGCUCGGUGCAAGAGGAUAUGAUCAUGGAGUCUGCGCUGCAAGGAGAGCUUGAGGAGGGCCCGCAACCGGUACGACCCCAGACGGGCUGGGACCUGGACGCAGACAAGGACCCGCUGGCCACGAAGGUCAUCGACGGCGUUGAGGUCACGAAUUUCCCAAAGAUGAACGCGAACGCCGCCUACCUGAACGAGUUGCCAGCGUUGCCGUACAACAUGUUGACGCAGCAGAUGAUCUCCGACAAAAGUAUAGCCGACUCUAUUGAAGCCCUCAUCGGUGCCCAUCUCCUCAGCAUUGGCCCCGAGAAAACACUCAAGGUGAUGAAGUGGCUGGGCAUCAAGGUGCUCACCGAGCCCGCCAUUCUACAACCACCAUUAUUGAGAUUUAUCGAUACUCCUGAGGACCCAAAUAGGUCUCAGAGCCAACUGGCCAACUAUUGGGUGCGUUACCAGCUGGGCGAGGUGGAGAAGCGCAUUGGAUACGAGUUCAAGGAAAAAGCGUACCUGUUGCAAGCCUUUACGCACGCAUCCUUCUACCGGAACCGCAUCACUGGGUGCUAUCAGCGGUUGGAAUUCCUUGGUGAUGCCGUGCUUGAUUAUAUGAUCACGCGGUACCUCUACGAGCAUGAUCGGCAGUAUAGUCCCGGGGUCUUAACAGAUCUCCGAUCAGCGCUUGUCAACAACACCAUAUUCGCAUCGCUGGCUGUCAAAUACUCCUUCCACAAGCAUUUCCUCGUCGUCUGCCCCCGGCUUCACUUCAUGGUGGAGAAAUUUGUGAAGCUGUGUGAAGAGAUGAGCAAUUGCGCCAAUUUCAACGCCGAGAUGUACAUGAUCACCACCGAGGAUGAGUGCGACGAGGGCCAGGAAGAGGAUGUCGAAGUACCCAAGGCGAUGAGUGACAUUUUCGAAAGCGUCGCUGGAGCCAUUUACUUGGAUUCCGGAUGUGAUCUCGAUGUGGUCUGGCGAGUCUUCUACGCGUUGAUGAAGGAGACGAUAGAUGAGUGCUGUAAAAACCCGCCCCGGAGCCCUAUACGCGAGCUUUUGGAGUUAGAGCCGGGCACCACGAGAUUCAGUAAAAUGGAGCGCAUCAUCGAAACGGGCAAGGCGCGUGUGACGGUAGACGUACAACGCAAUGGAAAUGCCCUGCGCUUUACCGGAAUGGGCCGGAACUAUCGUAUCGCCAAGACGACAGCCGCCAAACGGGCCCUCAAGUAUCUGCACGAUUUGGAACAACAAACGCGACGUAGGGCCGAAAAAUCAGACUCCAUCGAC